UUUCAGUCCAUCAUUGAUCGCCUUUCUUCCCCCUUGUGCUUGAUUAAUGGCUGGUACUUCCUCAUCGUCUGGAGGCAGUCGUAAGUACCAAGUUUUCAUCAACUUCCGAGGUGCAGAUACUCGUAGGUGUUUCGUCUGCCAUCUUUACAACGCUUUGGACCAGAACGGACUUGAAACCUUCAUAGACUCCGAAGAUCUUCAAAAAGGCGAUAGCCUCUCCGAGCUACUCAAAGCCGUCAAGGACUCAAAGAUUUCGAUUGUAGUUUUUUCAAAAGACUAUGCCUCUUCUACAUGGUGCCUAAAAGAACUUGUUCAGAUCCUGGAGUGCAUGGAUCAGCAGAGGCAGAUUGUGGUGCCCAUUUUCUAUGACGUAGAUCCCUCCGAUGGUCGUGAACUGAAGGGUAGAUUUGCAGAAGCUUUGGCCAAACAUGAAAGCGAUCCCAAAUUCGACAACGAUGAGGUGAAGAGCUGGAAAUCCGGUUUAACCAAAGCCACCAGUUUAUCUGGCUGGGUCUCAAAAAAUUAUGAGGAUGAUCACAAGCUUAUUAAAAGCAUUGUAGAUGACAUCUUAGAGAAGUUGAACCGCAUCUCACCAAGUAAAACCGAUGGCUUGAUUGGAAUGGAUUUUCACAUGAAUAAAAUUGAUUCACUAUGGAAGCAGGGGAAGGAUGACUGUGGUGUUGUUGGAAUUUGGGGUAUGGGCGGCCUCGGCAAGUCAACCAUAGCAAGAGCUGUUUAUGGCAAAAUCGGUGCUCAAUUUACACACAAGUGCUUUCUUGAUAAUGUGAAGGAGGGCUUCCUCACAAAGAACAGUGAAUUACAAUUGGUUGAAGAACUUCUAUGUAAAGCUUUGAACAGAAAAGAUCGUGGCAAUUCAAUUGAAAGCCUGAAUAUGAUGAGAGAAAGUCUACGUAGGAAAAAAGUUCUUCUUGUUCUUGAUGAUGUGGACGAUGUGGACCAAAUUGUAACCUUGAUCGGAAUCAGCCCUUCGGAUUCAUUUAGUGGUGGGAGUAGAAUCAUUAUAACAACUAGAGAUAAAAAAUUACUAGCCGGGUUUAUGAUCUACCAGCCAGAGCUGUUCAAUCCUGAAGAAGCACUUGAACUCUUUUGCCGGUAUGCUUUCAGAACAGUCAAAUUUUCUGAGAGGUAUGGUGCAAUCUCAAUACGUGCCGUAAAAUAUGCCCACGGCCUGCCUCUAGCACUCACAGUCUUGGGAGCUUUGCUUGAUAACAGAACCGAACAAGAGUGGGAAAAAGAGUUGAAGAAGAUAGACAAAAUCCCAAUCACAUCUCUUGAUAGUAAGAUUGGGCGUGUGCUUUGGGCAAGCUAUGAUGGAUUACAUGAACUGGAGAAGAACAUAUUUUUAGAUGUUGCAUGUUUCUUUAGAGGAGAGCCCAUAGAAAUGGUAACAUACUUUCUUGAAAGUAGUGAAUUCUUCCCCGAUAUUGGACUUAAAGUGCUGGUGGAGAAAUCUCUUCUGACUGUCUCUGAUGGUGUUCUAAAUAUGCAUGACUUAAUACAAGAAAUGGGUAGAAAUAUCGUCCGCAAAGAAUCAAUUGAAGAACCAGAGGGACGAAGUAGGUUAUGGUAUCAUGAAGAUGUUGUUGAAGUGUUGGCACAAAAUACAGGAACAUCAGCUGUUGAAGGCAUAAUCUUAGACUUAUCAAAGAUCAAUGAUGAGUUAUUCGUGAAUACUGAAGCUUUUGUUGGCAUGAAGAGACUAAGAAUGCUCCAAAUUGGCGUAAGAAAGAAUUUGUACGAGUAUGACAGAAGUACAUCUGAUGGAGAAUGCAAACAACACGUGAGUGGGGAUAUAAAGUUUCUUUCAAAAGAGUUGAGAAUUCUAAUUUGGCGCAGUUGCCCGCUAAAAUUUUUACCUUCUAAUUUUUCUCCGAAGAAUAUUAUUGUGAUCGAUAUGCAACGUAGUCAUAUUAAACAACUUUGGGAAGGAAUUAAGUCUUUGCAAAAUUUGGUAAUCGUGGAUUUAAGCAACUCAAAGGAUCUAAUCAGAACCCCCGACUUCAGCCAGGCAAAAAAGCUUAAGACGCUGAGACUUAAAGGAUGUACGAGUUUAUUUGAGGUUGACCCAUCCCUGUCAGCAGUUGGAAGCCUUGUUAUGUUGGACCUAUCUGGCUGCUCAAAUCUUGUGAGGUUUCCAAGCAUAUCGGGAAAUAUGAAGGAGCUAAAAUAUCUCUUCUUAAAUUCAACGGCAAUUACAGAAAUACCCUCAUCCAUUAAUGAUCUUCCGGCACUUUAUGAAUUCCUACUUUGUGAUUGCAGUGAACUUAUCAGUCUUCCAAGCAUUAUCCACAUGAAAUCUGUCGGAGCACUUCUUCUAAAUGGCUGCUCAAAACUUGAGAAGUUUCCUGAGAUUUCGGGAGUAAUGAGGUCUCUUUGGGAGCUUAAAUUAGACGGGUCUGCAAUUAAACAACUACCCUCAUCUAUUAAUCAUCUCACUCUGCUUUUUAAGCUGAGUAUGAGAAACUGCACAAGCCUCGUCUGUCUUCCAGAAGAAAUCUGCAAUGUCGAAUUUCUCGAUCUUACUGGGUGCUCAAAGGUGGAAAAGCUGCCCGAGAAUCUAGGGAAUUCAAUGUCGAACCUGUGCGACAUCGACGACGGCCGGUUCAACCUUGUCCUGGAUGGAAGUGCUAUAAAACAACUUCCAUUCAGUAUCUUGCGCAUAUACAAAGUAUCAUGUAAAGGAUGUAAAGAAAUGAGUGCGCCCUUUUCCUCAUGGCCAACAUGGAACCACCAGACUUCUAGCGACAAUGUUCUGUAUCGGUUUGAUUUAAGUGACUGUAAUCUUCUGGAAUUAUCUGACGCCAUCGCUCAUUUAUCUUCAUUGAAGGAUUUGAAUUUAUCCGGAAACGACAAGUUGGAAAGUUUACCUGCAACAAUGAGUCGCCUGGGUUGUUUGAAAGAGCUCAGGCUGGAAGGUUGCAAGAGAUUGAAAUCAAUACCAGAGCUUUCACCCAGUAUCAAAUUCAUAUAUGCCAAUAACUGCACAUCUUUGGUGACAGUUUCUACACCACAGCUUCCGUGUGCUAAAGCCUGCGGUCUCUUUCAAUUUUUUAAUUGCUCCAAGCUGGUGAAUACCAAUCAAUUUAUAGAGAUUGUGGAAAGUGUUAUUGAUAAUCAGGAAUCCUUGGAGGUUAAUGAUCACGAGUAUGGUUAUCACUGUAUGUAUCUUCCUGGAAGUGAUAUUCCAGAUUGGUUCGACCAUCAGAGCAGAGGGUCUUCCGUAACUGUGCAGCUACCACCCGAUGGGUUUACAAACAAAUUUCAGGGGUUGGCUAUAUGCGCCAUCAUUAACUUGCGGGAUGCUGGAAAUAGAGAAAUUCUUGAAUCUGCUUUAUGUUGUGCUAUCUUGAAAACAACUGUUGGUCAGACGAGAUUCUAUUUUCGUUUGUUCCCUGAGCCACAUCACAGUCUCGAAACAGACACGCCCCUUGAGUCCGAUCAUAUGUUCCUGGGAUGUUAUCAUUCUUCAAUUUAUAUCGAUUCAGGGGGCACCGACGCCACAUUUAAAAUCGUGACUACUAGUGAUCCCAGAGUUGGGCACUCGGACUACUUCAUCCCAGGUGAUUCAAUGACAUGGGAAGAUUGCAUGUGGAUCACAAGUUGUGGGGUUCGGUUAUUCUUUGGAUCAAAAGCGCCAUCCUCUCUGCCCAUUUGCAAUUUGGAAAAUAGAGACACAUAGAUAGAAUAAGUACGAGCUGUUACAGCGACAAACGUGGCAUAUAGACCAACUGUACCGAUAUUGUCCCAAUUUACCUCACAUGUGUUGGGUUUUAAUCUCAAAAGACCUCGGUACAAUUGAGUAUUAUCUACUCACUUAUAAGCUCUAUUUUAUUUAUCACUUCUUGGAUGUGA